GUCAUCAUCUCUAUUACUGUGUAGUGUCUGUAUCUGAUUAGAUUAGUCAUUAAUCUCUUUGUGUUAGGUGAUAGAACCGUACAAACGUGUGUUAUCUCAUGGCGGGUAUGAAGCUCGAGGGGCAGCUGUGAUAGUGUUUAGUGCGUGCCAUCUGCCGGACGCCGCCCGACCUGACUAUAGAUACGUUAUGGACAAUCUGUUCCUGUAUGUUAUAUGGACGUUGGAGCGAUUAGUAACGGAUGAGUAUGUGCUAAUAUAUCUCCACGGCAGCGCGGGCGCACGACGUCUGCCUACGUUUCAUUGGCUCCACGAGUGCUACAAAUUAAUCGAUCGCAGAUUACGAAAAAGUCUGAAACAUUUGUACCUGGUGCAUCCCACGUUUUGGCUUAAGUCUUUCGUGCUACUCACCAAACCUUUUGUUAGUUCAAAAUUCUUUCGCAAGUUGAGCUAUGUGCGUAGCUUAGAAGAGCUAUCACGCCUGGUUCCAGUAGAACCCAACGCGAUUCCAGAGAUGGUCAAACAGUACGACGCUAAGCGAUAAUUCUUGUUUAAUUGAGCACUUAAAAAUCAAGUACAAUAAUUACUGUAGUUAAAUGUUUGGGAGACAUUUUAUUUACCCGAUGUAUAAAGUGAAAUCCACCAAACGUGAUAAUAAAAAUAUAUAUAACACAGUACAGUAAAGUAACACAUUCGUUUAUCUUCAGCAAUCAGUUUUGAACUUUUAAAAUCAGUAGAUUACGGCUUAAAAUUGUUCAGACAAAAGUUACGUAAAAACUAUGUGGGUGACGCGGAUACGAAAUUCUGUACUUUAUACCUUAUGAUUAUUAAAACAAGACUGAAUACAAAUUUUUGGUCGUUAUAGGAAUUGGUAAAUUUUCGCAAACUAAGUUUGGUGUUAUUGUAAAUUAUUAAGGAUUGUCACGUUUCGUUGAUUUUACUUAGAAACAUUCCAAUUCGCAAUAAUGUAUGUAAAUUAAGAAUUAAAUGUUAUGAAUUAAGUCAGAUUUAAUUCGGGACAGAAAACUAUCACCUCUUAUUAUUUACAAUUGGUACUUUAUAUUAUUUCACGAAUCUAUGUUAAACAAUUUGUAGAUGUACACUUUAGUUUUGAAAUAUUAACGACCAAAAUACACUUUAAAAUACGUUGCCUGUUGAGUAGAAUCAAAAUAUUUAUAUAUUAUGGUCCCAUAUUAUGUAGAUACCGUCAAAAGAUCACGAAUUCAACCAAAUAUAUCUAUUGUAGUAAUCGAUCUUGAACCAUAAUGUAUUUUCCGUUAUGUUCAUAAUCGAUUACAGGCAUUUGAUAUUUAUGUGAACCUGGUAUAAUUAUCAUGGCAAAAUAUGCUCUCAAGUCCAAAUAAUUUAAUUUGAAAGAAUAAGUAAAUUGUUUCAAAAAGUUAAUGAGACAUGAACAUUAAAAAUAAUGAUGAGACAAGGAUAUACAAGCACAAAAGCGAAACCGUAAUUUUAAAAAAUAAUUAUAAUAAAAAUAUAUAUUAAAGGACAAACCUGCCAGAUUGGCGUAGUCGCAUUUUAAAGUGUGUUUUCUAUCAUUAAAUUUAAGAGAAAAAUUGGUGUGUUUAAAGUAUCUUAGAGGAUAUUUAUUAAAUUAAAAUAUACCCUGUGAUAAUGAUAUCUUAGAGUCUCAAGCAAUAUACCCCAGGCACUUAUUUUUAUUAAUCUCAAGCACAGUGUAAGAGAGUAGUAGUUUCAGAUAAUUUGUAUGUAUUAUAUGUAUAUGUUUAUAAAACUAUAGAAUAUUGAGUUAGUAUAAAAUAGAAAAUGUGUAUAUAAAUAAACUGGGGUCAUUCUGGCAACACUCAUUAUAAUUAAUAUUAAGUGCUGUCUUAUAAGUUUCAAAUUUACUGUUUUAAUGUCAGCUAAUAAGCUGUCCUUUUCUCUUAUAAAGGAAAUGAAAGAAACGUGCGCUUAAAAUUAAAUUUAGUGAAUGUGUAACAGAAUCGUGCCCAAUGUAAUUGGUGUCUAAUGAUAAAAUGUAGCCAUUAUUGAAAUUGUUCGAAUGCUUUAGUAUUAUUUUAAGUAUUGCUAGUGGCAACAUGGUAAAAUAAUUUUGUUAAGGCACAUACAUUUAUAGGUCAUUUGUGUGAAUAACAUGGUGUCAAGUACAUGGAGAUAUUUUCAUACAAAUGGCACAUUUUGAAUCUUAUCUAGGAAGAGGACUUUAUAAUGUGCAAUCAUCUCUAAAAAUGAAUACAAUUUAAACAUUCUGUUCCUUAUUUUGUUGGCAGUAAGGACUAAUUUCCGUCCUUCGUGGUCGUGUGGCUCAAAUAUAUAUAUAAUAUUGAUUCUAUAUUGCGAUACAUUUAAUUAUUUAUUUAAUUGGCAUCUCUGAAUACGACUGAAUAUUAAGAAUCACCAACUAUUAAAAGUAUGUUACAUAUUUAAGGAUAUGAAUUUAGCGCAUUAAGUUACCAUUAAAUCGCAGCCGAAUUUCAAUAUCUAUUAUAAGAAUUUGAAAGUUGACUGCACAUAAUAAAGUCGCCGCUGUAAGACAAUUUAAUAAUUACUUGGUUUAUUUGUUAGAAUUGUAACAGCUAGUAUUAAUUUUACUGUUUUUUUUUUUAUAUAAUCGUGUGCUAUUUAAAAAUCAGGCCAGUAUUUCGAUAGUAAAAAACGCACAUUAAGAUCCUAUUUUGUAAAUACUUACAAAAGCUUUAGUUUGUUUAAAAAUAAAAAUAAAAUUUAGGACUCGUUCAAAGUAACUGUAUUAUAAAUGUUUUCCUUAUUAUCGAACCACCAUGUAUAACGCUAACGUUGCAGAUUCUCUAAAGAGCGGAGCGUGUAGCGGAUUUUUUAUUUAUCAAUUUGCUUUAAUGGACUUUAUUUGAAAAUUUCAUCCCGCACAUAAUAUGUUAUAUAAUUAUAUUUUUUUUUUGUGGCAGAAUAAAGUAACUAACUAUCCAUUUCCCUACAAAAUGCCAUCUAAUUGAAACUUAAAUGUUCUAAUAAAAAAUAUGGUCUGUUCCAAAUAGAUAAAAGUAUGAAAAAAAACACUUAAAAUAUUUUUCUGCCUUUUCGCUGUAAAACAAAAAAUAAUUGUCUAUUUACCGUUCAACACUUAUCAAAAUAUAAGUUUAUUAACGCUUAUUAGUCUCUAAAAUUUAAUAACAACUUGCCAAUAUCUAGCUACCAGGGUAGAGAGGUUGAAUGAAACGUGGCUGGCUGUAGGUGGAAAUGAAACUCGUUUAUAAAGAAGGGAAGGUCACGAUAAACUCUAAAUCUCUUUCUAUUGACGCAUACAUGGAAAGAGUUGUAAUAAAUCUUCAAAUGGUUCUACUAUAAUUCCUUCUCGCGCUGAUUACGCAUAAGCAAGUACAGCGAGAUAGAUGUUUCUGUGAUCUUCUCUCUCUCUCUCUCACUACUUGAUUAAUGUCUCGAGGUCCGUAUAGUAAGUAGCUCUAUGCUUGCAAAUGUUAUUUUUUUGUUAAUAUUAUGCAGAAAACGAUUAUCUGAAAUAUAUUGUUGGUUUGAUUGUAGAACUUACUUUUCGGAAAAUAGAUCUGAUUUUACAUUGAUAACUUUAAUUUGGAACAGACUAUAUUAAAUAUAUAUUAUCUGCAUUAGAAUGUGUACAUUUUUAAAUUCAACAGCAAACAGGUUAUCCUUAACUGUCAAACUUCUUUAUUCCAUUUUCAACCUUAAGAUUUCAAUUCACAGUCUUAAUUCAAAGCAACGAAACGGAUUUAACGAGUGGCAUCUUUCUUACGGAGUUUCUUUUGUAGAUACUCUCCUACGGGACAUUGGUAGAAUUUCUGUGUAUAUCUAAAGAGUCCAUAAUUGAAAAGUAUUUUAUUAGAUAUCAUAGCAGCGAUUCUGUCAUCCUUGGCGUCUAUGAGAAGUGAACCAACACAAAUGGAGACUCCAACAAAAAUAACCAAUGAAGCAUAUGUCAGACAGGAUUUCCUUCUUAGUGUUGAUUUAUAUCGUAGAAAUUGCCGAAUGAGGUGAGAUAGUAGUGAUUUAUACACAUGUAUAGUCGUGGCGUCGCCAACAACUGGCGUCGUCGCCAAGCAUGUGACGACAUGUGGUAGGCUCAGGCAUGUUUUAAUUGGCGGCACUAAAUCAGUUGCUGCAACUAUAUUCCUUAAAAUAUUUUAAUUGGCGACACUAAAUCAGUUGCUGCAAUGGCAUUCCUACAGAGCUCUCUAAUUGUUAAGAAUUUAAGUAAAAAAUUGAUUGAAGCUAUUUGGCAUUUAGUGGUAACCUGAUGUGCUAAUAUGUGUACAUGUAAGUUUAUAUUUCAGUGUUGCCAUAAUUAAGUAAGCUUGCCAGUUCAUUAUUCCACUCGUUGUACCUAAAAAGUGUAUAUAUAUUUUUGUAACAACCUUAUAUUUACUUAGAUAAAUAUUUAGACAAAGAUUAGGGUAAGAUCUAUUAUUUUAUAACGUCCAAUAACUAUGGAAAGCAUAUCUUAUUUUAUUGUUACGUUUGUGGUUAUAAUUUAUCGGUUUCAAAUAUAAUUACGGCCUAAUUAACAGCUGUGGUCGAACAGCAAGAAAGAGUUACAUAUCUCGUACACUCCUGUGCUAACUAUAUUGCUAUUGCGCUCGCACAGAUGCAUCUAGCCAAUUUUGUCACAGUAAAGUGAAACUAAAACGUUUACGAUAUCUAUCAGUACGCAUAAAGGUCAACGUACGAAUUUCUUUCUGUUCGGCGGCCGACAUAUUAUC